CAUCUUUGUUCACUGGAAGAGAAGACACUUUUUGCCUGCACCUUUCCCUUGAGAGCCACUCCCUCCUUGACAGUCAAAGAGCCAAUCUCUUUGAGGUUGUUGACCGUAUGAUAGCGGAAAAUGGGGAAUGUUAUCUAAGGACGACUGCAGUCACACCAGGGACCUCACUUCAUCCAGGAGGCAAACACAGACAGAAAAGACAAAGAGAGGAAGACUCGUCUGAAGAGGAAGAAAGUCAGAAGAAGAAAAAAGAUGUGGCGAAGAUCAUACGUCAAGGACAAGAUGUAAUGGAAGAUGUUGAACAUAGACUUGUGACGAAACUCCAGGAUUCCUCUGGUACAACACUUACAAACUACAUUAGGACCAGCCUUCAGGAUUUGCAAAAACCAGCACAGAAAACUACCGUUGGAGUGUUUGGUCCAACAGGUUGUGGGAAAAGCUCCCUGCUAAAUGCCAUCCUGGGAGAGCCUGACCUGUUACCAACAGGGUCAGUGGAAGCCUGUACAUCAGUUAUCAUAGAGGUGGAGGCCAAGACUGAGGACUGCUUCAUGGCAACUGUCGAGUUCAUCUCAAAAGAGGAGUGGUACAAGGAGCUAAAAAGUCUUCUGGAAGAUGCUAAGGAUAGAAGCAAUGAUGCCUUCCAUAAAAUGGCAGAGGACAAAAUUAAAGCAUUGUAUGGUGCACGUAACAAAAGCUUUGAGGAGCUCACGAGUGGCAGCUAUUUUCAAAUUGAUGAACUGCUGUCUUUAGGUAGGAAACGUUUCUCGCAUUCUCAGGCUCGGGCCCUCUCCAAAGAAAUCAGACCCUAUAUUACUCAUGGUGAGGAUGACUUUGGGAAGCUGUACUGGCCAAUUGUGAAAGCUGUGAAAAUUGAAGUCCCCAAAAAUAAAGAACUUCCAGAGAAUGUUGUGCUUGUUGACCUUCCGGGAAAUGGAGACCAUAACCAGACAAGAGAUCAGAUGUGGAAAGAGAGACUGAGAUCGUGUACAGCUGUGUGGAUAGUCAGUAAUAUCAACCGAGCUGCUUCUGACAAGGUUGCCUGGGGCAUACUCGACACCAACAUGGCAGAUAUGGUACCAGGAGGAGAAUGCACCAGCAUUGCAUUCAUCUGCACUAAAACGGAUGAUUUGCAUACACAGUCUUACAUGAGGGAAGAGGAACUGGAGGAACUGGGAGAGGAGGAUGUACAAGAAGAGGCUCAGCAGUCGACCAGGCCCAACAUCCCCAAGAAUUUGAGGCAAAAACGAGGAUGUGUUCUACACAGAAAUAACAAAGCCCGAGCUGCAGUGACAAAAAAAGCAUAUGAGAAUUAUGACAUCCAACUUAAAGUGUUUACUGUGAGUUCACAAGAGUUUCUCUCAGAGGAAUAUCUGGAUCAAGAAGACACAGAGAUACCAGGCCUAAGAAAGGCACUGAAGAGUUUCAAUGACCAAAAUAACAGCAAAGUGGCCUUAAAGUUUUUCUCAAGGGCUAGCGGGAUUCUGCACCUUAUUCAAGCCAAAGCAAUGAAUGAAGACAGAUAUAAGUUGCUGGUUGAGCUAGGAGCGACACUGGAGGGGGAAUUGGGGAUUUUGAGAGGGCAUCGUUUAGAAGCAUGCUACGAUAAACUGGAAAAACAACUCACUGAGGGAGUCCAGAAGGCGAGGGACAGUUGUGAUACUAUAUUAAAGCAACAACUGACUUCACCAUCAGGAAACAACCGUGGAUUCCAUAAGACUGUGUCAGCCUUGUGCAGAAAUAAAGGUUACUUCAGGUCCAAAGAUGGAGAAACAAGAGACGUAAACCAGGCUUUGGCUGACAUUGUGCAUCAAAGCAUUAACACAGAGUUCAAUUCCUUAUUCCCAAAUCAGGGGGAAACUGGACAAUCAGUACAGGAGAAGAUCAAUGAAUUCAGCAUCUGCUCCAUCAACGUCAAUGAGGACUACAGCAAGCCUGAAGCAAUGGAUCACAUCCUUAACUUCCUUAAAUGUGAAAUUACAUUUUGCCGGGUCAAGGGAUUCGGUUCCUCUACGCCACCACUGGAUUUUGCCUUGUAGAUCUAUGCGUUACCGCUGGAGCUGUAGGCUUUCCGAAAUAAUUCUGAGCUCUGUUUUCUGAUUUCUGUUUAAUGCUAAGCGGGCUGGUAGCCCUUAUACAUUUGUAAAAUUGUGGAAAUAAUUAUCCCCAUUGCUCCAACAUUUGUUGGAAAACAAUGCAAUGAUUAGGCUAUGUAGAAGCCCGUUACAUUCGCGCGGUUUGAGAGAAUUUAAAUAGCCUAUGAUUUAUAAAUAAUCACUGAGCCUAUAAAUCCUAAUGUAAUAUACCUGUAUAACGUUACGUAGUGCAAUUGGUGUCUGAGAUGCCACUGUCGAAUGAAUGUUGUGCGCAAAGCCAGUAGCCUAGGCUAUUUACUGAUGGAGGAUAUGUUAAUGUAAUAUAACCUAAACUAC